AUGGAGCCUCCCCCACUCACACUAUCAGUAUUACGCCUAACCCCCUCGACCCUCACCUCCCCACCCUCCUCUUCCGCCUACCUCGAAGAUGUCCCCGCUACGCCCCUCCCGCUCCCUUCUCUUCCUUCCUCAUUCUCCCUCUCGCCGACUCACAAUUAUCCCGCUCCUUUUGGGACUAUGACGCUCGGCACGUCCCUUGGCGUCAAGCUCCAGCUGAUCGCCAACCCCCCGUCCAGCCCUCGGCCUGGAAGCAGUGCGGGCGAUAUCGCCGAUGCUGAUGAUGGGAUGGGGAUGGCACCGGGCGUGAGAGGGGUGAAGAUGAUGCUGGAGGUACAGGGGCCGGGAGGGCGGUGGAGGCUAGGAGAGGUGGUUCAUGGGGAGGAGGCGGUACCUGAAGGGGAUGAAGCUCUCGCUGUAGAGGGAAAAGAGGAAGAGAAGGAGACUGGCGAAGGGAAGAUAGAAGCGGAAGGGGCAGGAGACUCGGCGGAGACCGCAGUGCCAGAUGAGAACACGAAGAUGCCUAAUCUGUCGCCUGGGGAGUUUGUUGAGAUGGACGUCCAGGCAGAGAUGAAGGAGCUAGGCCUCCAGGUUCUCAUCUGCUCGGUUGCGUGGGAGACGCCUAACGGCCGGCGGACAUUUCAGCGCUUCUUCAAAUUCAACGUCGUCGCCCCUCUAUCAAUCAAGACCAAGAUCCACCCCUCUCAAACCCCCAUGACCCAGCUCGACCCCACUCGGAGAGGCGACGUCUACCUCGAGGUCCUCAUGCAAAACACCUCGGCCGAGUCUAUACUGUUCGACAAGGUCAACCUGGAGCCAGUGUAUGGAAUGACUGCUACAUCCAUCACCCCUUCUUCUGCUGGAACGCUGGAUUCGGAAGUCCAGGACGACGUUCUCGGCUCGCUCCAUCCGGGAGAUACAAGGCAGUACCUCUUCCUCCUCCAUCCUCAACCGCCACCACCCACAAAGGCGCGCCAAUCGGUCUUCCCGCCGGUCUUUGCGCCAGGAACGGUACUGCCGCUGGGGCGGCUGGACAUGGCCUGGCUGGCCGGGGCGCACAGGGAGAGGGGGAGGUUGCAGACGUCAACGCUGAACAGGCGGGUGGCGGCCGCGCCUAUCGCGCCGACAAGGACGGUGACUGCUGCGCCUCCGACACCGGGCCAGGGAGUAGGUACGCCUAGCCGUCUGCGGCAGAACGCGGAGCAGGAGGAUGGAGAAGAAGCGGAUGGGUGGGAGUAUGAUCUUUCGGUACUGGAGCUGGAGAGGAGCGGGGUGGAGAUCGACAAGGAGUUUACGGCGAAGCUCAGAGUGGGCUUGAGGAGUAUGCGGACGUACUCGGCGGACGGGAUAGAAGGAGUGGAUCAGCAGCCACCACCGGCAUUACGCCUUGCUGUGCAGUACCUCACUGCUCCGCCAUACGACCCAAACCUUCCCCUUCGGCCCACAUCUCCGCCCGACACCGUCACAGCCGGUCCCUCCCGCCCCAUGACGCCUAUCUCCUCUCAGCUCCGGCACGCCACUCAGACACAUCUCAACUCUAACGGUCAUCUCCCCGCUAUCAUCGACCCCACUCCCAGCCCCUCAUCCACAUCCUUCCCGCCUGCACCUACCUUACAACGCCCUGCCCCUCCGCCCAAGUCAGAGCAAGAGCGUAAAGAAGGCGAAGUCUUCCCACUCGGACCGUCCCUCGUCCUUCUGCCCGCCAUCCCGUUUCAGCUCGCCCAGGAACAAUACUCGACAACGUACGCCGACUCGUCUGAGCCUCCAGAGCGGUGGGAAGCGGUGCAUGAGCUCGAGAUGAGGUUCUUGGCGGUCCAGGAGGGGAUGGCGAGGUUGGGCGGAGUGAGAGUGUUGGUCAUUGAGGAUGAGGUGGGGAUGGAGGGGAGUGUGGGUGCGGAGUGGGAGACGCUAGGGGAUAUCUGGAUCACGAGCUAG